GUGGGAAGUUUCCGACAGCCGUACCGCCACCAUCCCAAGUCGUUGAGGACGACGAGCAGUCGGGCUUGCAGCUUCUAAAUGGACAGUGGCGCCCACAAACUCCUCGAGUCAGCCACUCAACGAACCCUUCAUGCCCACAACUUUUCUCGUUCGUCUUCGCAAGCUUCUCUAGUCUUGACGGAUUUACUCUCAAGAUACCUCACACUACUCGCCUCGACAUGCGCCAAAUAUGCUGAACAUGCUGGAAGAAGACGCUUCACAGCAACAGAUGCUGCUUUGGCACUGGAAGAACUCGGAGUCAGCAUUCAAGAACUGAAAGAGUUCGGGAGCACUGAAGGAAUUGAACUUAACCGGUACGCGCUCAAGUCGAUGAGGAGGGUUGAGGAUUUGUCCGAAUUUCGAGGUCAGUUACUUCAUUAUCUCGACAACUUGAAAAGUGUUCUAGCUUUUGUGACGACUCUCCUCUCGUACAGUACAAUUGAAUGAUGGAUUACGUGGAGACAGAGAUGACUGCAUCCCGUUACAAUACGCGCCUCUUCCUCCAGAAGACGAGGUAUCUGAAGAGGACGGAGAUGAAAAUGAAGAAGCCUUGGAAAACAACGACGUGGAUAUGGAAUAUGUCGGACCAAAACGGCCUUCAUCACCACUAGUCAGCCCUUCCUCACCAAAACGGCCCCGGACACUUCUCUGGGAGCCACCACCCCAUAUUCCUGAUUUCUUGCCACCUUUCCCCAAAGACAUUGAUGCGGUACCACCUCCUUCAGCGUCCCACUCCCCUAGUCUACCCCCUUUACCCGAACUCUCCAACUCAAUGGCGCCAGCAGAAAAUACCCAAACUGCAACCAUUGCCACUCAAGAUAUAGCCGCUGCUACAACAUCAACUGCAGCGUCGGACUAUCUCGUUCCUGUUCCAUACUCUGACUCCUCGUUAUCUUCCGUGCCCGAGUGGCACCUUCCUUCCGCUCCACCACGAAAGUCUUUGCAGUCCCAACCACAGUCGCAACAGCAUGGUUGGCCUACCCCAAUGACCGAGCCUUCAUUGAUCGGUGCAUAUCACCAUAUUUUAACGAAUCCCCCUACGAACAAUCAGCAGGCCAACCCAGCACGACAUAAAGUCGCUAUGGCGCUGCUAAAUUUAACGCAGAUGCAACCGAGGUGGGAGAAUGCGGAUACACUGUACAGCAACGUUGCGACGAAUCAGCCCAGAGUUGCACCUAUUGGGCCAACGUUCCCGAUGAUGUUGGGAGAUAAUCCUGAAAAGGACAGGGAGAAGAAGGAAAGUGGAAAGGAGAAAGAUGUCAAGUUUCCGACGACCAUGCCUCGUAGUGUGGCGACGAAUGAGAGGUUGAGCUUUACGGUUGCGCAGCAAGGGAGUCGGAUACCAGAGUUGGCGAGACAUGUGUUACCGCCCAAUAUAUUCGCUCGAACAAGUCGACUCACCCACCCACCUGUGCUUAUGCGCGGGACAAAACAGGUUAUAUAUGGGAACGGCGUGCCUGCGCCUUGGAACGCGAAUCUCGCACCCUCUACGGAUCUGACGGCCAAAGAUGGCGGUGGUGGUACUGGGUCAGGUGUAAAUGGUAUCGUCAAGGGUGAUCCGCCUACGAAAUCUGUUUUGCCCGAUGCGAGGCUGUUUGCUACGUGGGAUUAUGAACCGAAGGACUACAGGGCACCUAUCCCGACUCAUUUGAGGAGAGGAAGAAUAGGUAGCGGCCCAAAUGUCGGAGUGGCAGUAGGUGCAAGGGGAAGGAGUACGAGUACCAAGACUGGGUAAUGUCUCGAACUGGCGUUGGUUUCGGUAUUCGGAUUUAUUUAGUCGCGAUUCUUUUUCCUUCUCUAUCCUCAUUCUAUGUUAUCGGUGCAAGAAGCUUUCGUCACAUACUCAUGCAAUUAGAUGUAUCAUUAGCCAUCCCUCCAUAUCGCAAAAGUCUAUUUCAUCGAGGGUGAUUUU